GCACACUGACAAUCUCGCGAGACUACGCGUGUGAUCCAACAUGGUAGCCCACUGCUGCUAGAGCUAACAACAAACACAAAACAGCAAACAGGCGCUCUCCUGCAGCAGAUCUAUUUCAGAAGAACACGGGGAAACAUUUCAAGAGAAAACUGGAGGAACUGGACUCAUUCAUUGACGAUUGCUUUUACAAUUUGACAAGGGUGGCGGAAAAACCGGAAAACAAGCGACUCCUCCACAGACACAGAGGACCUGGACACAGACAGUGAAGUUGAGGUACAAUGAACUCUGUUUUGCAUAAGAGACAAUCCUCCAUUGUUGGACUAUUUCUCCUUUUGUCUGUCUUCAUCCUGAGCUGUGAGAGCGGCAAAGUUCUGGUUUAUCCUUUGCAUGGCAGUCAUUGGGUCAACAUGAAGGUGCUGAUCGAGGCGCUGCACUCCAGGGGUCAUAACGUCACUGUGAUUCGACCCAGUUCCAGCUUGUAUGUUGAAGAAGACCCCUCGCUGUUCACUACUAUCACAGUGAAUGAUGGCAUUGAAAACAUUGGUGAAUAUUUUACAGAGCAUUUAAAUGCAAUGAUGGAACUUAAGAAAGGUGAGAAGACUGUCCUGACCAUCUUGAAAAUGCAGAGGAAUUUCUUCUCCAUGAUCUCCUAUGUUCACCUUAUCGCAUGUAAUACGGUGAGCAAAAUCAUUGAGGAUAAAGAGCUGAUUAAGAGGCUUCAAGACGAACAAUAUGAUCUUUUUCUGACUGAUCCAGCCAUCACAGCUGGAGUUGUUUUAGGACGUUAUUUGAAAUUACCCCUUGUUUUAAAUGCACGCUGGAUCACCAGUGGUGAGGGUCAUUUUGCCAUUGCACCUUCGCCACUGUCCUACAUACCUAUUCUAGAUACUGGCUUCUCAGACCAAAUGACUUUCUUUCAAAGAGUUAAGAACAGCCUUUUCUAUGCAAUGACUCUUUUCCAAGAUAAAGUUAUGGUGGGGCCACAUUACAAAGCUCUAUGUGAUAAAUACUUUGACGAGGACUGUGACAUUGUCAGCUUCCUCCAGGAGGCUGAUAUUUGGCUCAUGAGGCUCGAUUUUGUGUUUGAAUUCCCCAGACCCACCAUGCCGAAUGUUGUUUAUAUGGGUGGAUUCCAGUGCAAGCCCGCAAAGCCCCUCCCUGAAGACUUGAAGGCUUUUGUGCAGAGUUCAGGAGAACAUGGCUUCAUCAUCAUGUCUUUAGGAACAAUGGUAGACAGUCUUCCAGCGGACAAAGUAGAUGAAAUUGCUGCCGUGUUUGCAAAACUACCUCAGAAAGUCAUCUGGAGGCAUCUGGGACCAAAACCUUCCACUCUGGGAAACAACACUCUGCUGGUGAACUGGAUGCCACAGAACGACCUCCUGGGACACUCCAAGAUCAAGGCAUUUGUAGCCCAUGGAGGAACCAAUGGAGUCCAGGAGGCCAUCUACCACGGAGUGCCUGUGCUUGGCAUCCCAUUGGUCUUUGAUCAGUUUGAUAACCUUGUCCGGAUUCAAACAAGAGGAGCAGCAAAAAUUCUCGAGUUGUCUCAACUGAAUGGCCAAACUUUUGAACAGAUGCUACUGGAAGUUCUCAAUAAUGACUCUUAUAGGACCAACAUGCAGCGACUCUCCAGUCUACACAGAGACCAGCCUAUGAAACCUCUAGACUCAGCUGUCUUCUGGAUUGAGUAUGUUAUGAGGAAUAAAGGAGCCCCUCACCUGCGCACAAAGGCCUAUAGGAUGCCUUGGUACUCCUACCAUUCAGUGGACGUGAUUCUGUUUCUGCUUAGUAUAGCAGCAGUGCUGACAUUCACCACAGUAGUAUUCAUCAGAUGUGUCUGUCGUCGAGCGUGUGGUAAAAGAAAAGUGAAAAAUGAGUGAAUAUGGUACUACCAGUAAUGUUCUACACUCCAUUUAAGCACAAUCCUACAGCAGGACAGAACCGCAUUUCAUUCUGUUAAAAAAUAAUUAGUUUAUUUUUUAAUCUGUGUCAUUUGAUAUGAUGCAAUUUGACCUUUACUAACAGUUUGUGCAUCAUUUUCACAUCUUUUGUCACCUAAAAUCUUUGAAAUUAAUAUCAGGAUUAAAAAAAGAAAUAUAAUAUUCACCGCAGCUUUACAGUUUUAUUGUUGUGCCAUAUAUUCCACAAUUAUCUUCAGCAGAUAGUAACAAAAUGUCUAUCAAAUUAAAGGUUGUACCACCA